GCUAGCGCUUCAUCACCAGCUGCUUUCAACCCAACGAGCCUGCAGCCAUGGCAUUCAACGGCACCUGGAAGGUCCACCACAGCGAGAAUUAUGACAAGUUCAUGGAGCAAAUGGGCAUUAAUGUCAUGAAGCGCAAGCUGGCAGAACACGACAGCCUGAAGAUCACCAUCGAGCAGGACGGGGACGAUUUCCACAUCAAAGAGUCCAGCACCUUCCGCACCAAGGACAUCGACUUCACCCUGGGCGUCCCUUUCGACUACAGCCUGGCUGAUGGCACUGAAGUCUCAGGUGUGUGGGUGAUGGAGGGUGACAUGCUAAAGGGAAAAUUCACCAGGAAAGACAACAACAAGGUCCUGACCACCACUAGAGCGCUGGUGGGAGGAGAGCUCAUACAGAGUUACAACUACGAGGGAGUGGAUGCUAAGAGGAUUUUCAAGAAGUAGUAACCUGGAGUCUGAAGUUCAUAUUUUAUUUUUUUAUAGAAUGACACGAUAUAGAUUUGUGUGGGGUAUUUUUUUUUUCCUAACAACAAGUCAUGGCAAAGUCAAGAGCAUUGUCAUGGGAUUUCACUGCACAUACCUCAAAAUGUCGGCAUUUUUCAGAGUUCUGAUAGAAGAAUCAUUGUCCACUGUGUUUUGCUGCUACAAUAUCAAUGAAACAUUGCGUGGAAGACUAAAAGUGCUGACACAAGCUCAGAAACAGCACAGAUGUCAGUUCAAGUUUUCAAGUUUCAAAGAACGUAUUUUUCUCCCUUGCCUCUACUGGUAGCCAGCCACGCAAAUACUUUUGGAUUCAUUUGCCCAGAUUUAGAGAUUUUCUCUAAUAGUUCUAUUGCCACAUUAUAAUGGAGGAGCAUGGGAUUUCUUUUGUGCCUCUCCCCACACUGGAAAAUGUCACACGUCACAAAUUCGGCUGUUGCGUGUCUUUCCGGAAACAAUGCCUGUGUUGCUCAGCAGAUUCCACAGAACGUGUUGUUAACGUUUUUUCGGAGGGACUAUUUUAUUGGUACAAUGUGGUUCAAAUAAAAACUCGUCACGUGUUUGUGGAAUAUCCAAGGUAACGGGUGACGGGAAGUAUUUGUGGCUGUUGAAUAUUUUCAUUAUCACUAUGAGCAAUGGCAAUGGAAAUUCUUCCACCUCCAUUGUAUCGAGGUGGAGGCGAAAAUCUCAGAAAUGAAUGAAUCAAACUGUGGGUAAGCAAAACCAAAAAUAUCCACAUGAUUGAUAAGUGAGGUCACUAUUUUUCUGUAAUUUGGGUGAACCGGCCCAUUUAAUGUCUACAGCAGCUUACUGGAGCUUACUUUAACUACACUAAACUUAAACAGCUUUUACUCCCACACUAGUCUUCAUCAUUGUGAUGAGAAGCAGCCUCAAGCAGCCCAAUAACAAUCCCACACAAAAAUGAAAUAUAUAAUAUGUUGUUUUGUGUCUUUAACCAGUUGGGAAACAAGUCAAUUUGCACUAAUGGUUAUUAUAUAUUAUACUG